AUGGCUGCGAACAUGAAAACAUCACUGCAUAAUCGCUCCAAUAGUGUGCCCUCUGCACCUCACCCAUUCAUUUCACAAUACGAAGAGCAAUUGCACAGAUUGAAGGCUUCUGAAGCCACCUCAUCAUCAUCAAUAAGCAGUAAAUUUGAUGGUUUGCAUGCUUUGCAUGAAUACACUGAUAAGAUUCUUCAAUUGCCAACCAUACAACAAGCGUUGGCAAAAGAAUCCUGCAAAACACAGGUUGAUGAGUUACUAGAAGGGUCUUUGAGGCUCCUUGAUAUCUGUAGAGCCACCAAGGGUGUCCUGCUACAAUCUACAGAAAGCAGAAAUGGACUUCAAUUAAGUGUUCGCAGGAGAGGGGGUGAAGCAGCAUUCAAAGUUGAGGGUGGCAAAUACAUGUCAUCAAGGAAGAAGGCAAAGAAGACUAUUCAGAAGGCCUUAGAAAAAAUCAAGGGAUUUAAGAAGGGUCUUAUCUUAACUUCCUCAAACACGGACAAUGAGACACUUUCAAUGAUCAGAAACUUCAAAGAAGCUGAAGCUGCCACUCUGGUUCAACUAGAGUCUUUGUUAUCUUUUAUCUCUGGCUCAAGAGGGAAACCAAAAGAGAGAAGGUGGUUAAUUGUCUCCAAGUUGAUGCAGCCUAACAGAGUACACUGUGAUUCUGAUCAAUCAAACACAAAUGAAUUUGAGGAGUUGGAUAGAGUAUUGCAGUCUCUCUUUCACAAGCCUUGCAGUAAUAUGUCUGUUGAGACUUUCCAAAACCAUAUCGAAAAUUUGGAGUUGUGCAUUCAGGGUCUAGAGGCAGGAAUUGAGCGCCUUGAAAGGCAACUAAUUAGGAAAAGAGUUUCCCUUCUUAACAUCUAUAAUCACUGA